AAUACAAUAGAAAAUGUUUAACGUACACGAUUUAAUGGAAUAUCGCAUGCAACAACAACUUGCCCAAGAGAUUUAUCGACAACAGAUCAUGCAACGCAUACCAGAUCCCUUUCCACCCAUGCUGCCAAUGCAUGUACCCAUGCCACAUCAUUUAAUGGCCGCACCACCUCGUCCCAAGCUGCCCGGCAAUGUUGAGGCCAAAUUGGAAAAUAAUGAUUUAUGGCAACAAUUUCAUAAAAUUGGCACCGAAAUGAUUAUAACCAAAAGUGGAAGACGUAUGUUCCCCUCAAUGCGUGUAUCGGUAACGGGCCUCGAAGAAGAUACCCAAUAUUGUGUGCUUUUGGAAAUGGUACCCAUUGGCGAUUGUCGCUACAAAUUUUCCGGCUCACAAUGGGUUCCAGCUGGCGGUGCCGAACCCCAAUCGCCUCAAAGAAUGUUUUUGCAUCCCGACAGUCCCGCCAAUGGUUCACAUUGGCAAUCCCAGGCCAUACUCUUCAACAAGGUUAAACUAACCAAUAAUACCCUCGACAACAGUGGUCAGAUUGUUUUGGCCAGCAUGCAUAAAUAUCAACCACGUUUACACAUCAUCAAGACCUCGGAUUUAACUCAGCUUCCAUGGUCUCCCCAGCAAAAUUUCGUUUUCCCCGAAACCGAAUUCAUUGCCGUGACUGCCUAUCAGAAUGAUCGCAUUACCAAACUAAAAAUUGACAACAAUCCCUUUGCCAAAGGUUUUCGUGAAACUGGUCAGUCAAAAUGUAAAAGGAAGCUAAUGUCGUCCUCCUCGUCAACAUCGCCCUCAUCCUCCAAUUCCACACAAGGUGAAGAGAGUGAUGAUUGCCAAUCUAAGACCGAAGAUGAUCGUUCCAGUGUUGGCAGUUAUGAAUCGCCCCAGCAAAAACGUUUAAGACCUUCGGAAAAUUCCGACGAAGAGUCAGGCUACAGUUCAUCACGUUCCUCUCGAUCGAUUUCACCACGUUUUGAGGAAUAUGCAACACAGCAACAUCACUUACACCACCACCAACAACAACAACAUUAUGGUCAUCAGUUAUCCGCCUACUCUACCUCACCCACCUCAUCGUUUUAUCAUCCCCAACAGCAUUUAAUGGCAACGGCAUCAUUGAUGCAACAUCCUCUGCAGACCCUGCUGAGAGAUUCCCCACCAACACAGCAGACAACUAUUUCUUCACCAGCAACAUCUUCUCCCUCAACGGAUAACACCGAAACUUCAUCAAAUACUUCAUCGCCAACAACAUCUCCCACACCUCCUGCCAAUCAAUCAAAUUCCAACUCCCAGAAAAGAAAUAAUUUCAGCAUUUCAGCUAUUUUGGCAUUUUAA